GCCCCUCAACCUUGCCUUCGCGCAUGCGGAAAAGCCAGGGGCCAUGCCUUGGGCAGAAGCUCCCCACUGACUCCGUGAAAGAGGAGCCGCGGCUACCAGGACCAGGUUGUGCAAAAACCUUCCGAAAACAAAAAGACGACGACAAGGACAAGGGCAUGGGGUUGCGCGAAUAGGACUGCUCAUCAUAGAGUCGCACUCAGGUCUGGUGAUCCGACCCAUGUCUCUCCUCCUUUUCUCCCUAGCCUCCCGACGCGGGGAGACAAAGUCUCGGCUCAAACCACGGGGUCCACGGACCUUGGCCGACCCCAGAAUGUGCAUUCUUUUCUUCUUGCUUGCGCCGCCUGGGGUUACCUUGGCUUGGUUCUGGCUCAAUAAGAUGAGUUCUCGUGUCGGUGUUAGUCUGCCGCAGCACAACCGAGACCGUCGUCUCACUUGCCCACCCAUGCACUCAGUUAUUCGCCAGAUGCUUGACUUGCCGCACAACCUCGGCGAGCCGGUCUCAGGUGUCGUUUCCCUCGUCACUACCAUUUUGAAAUCCCCGAAACGGGCAGUAAACCACCUCGUUCCCGCCUCGGACGGCGGCUGCCCCCCCUUGUCGCGCCCUGGUCAGUGUACUAUCCAGCAGCCAAGAUAUCCUCACAGAAAAUGCCCCAAGGUCGCCGAGAUACCUUCCCGCCUGUCCAUUUGGGGGGCUUGCUUCAUUGAAUCACAAGAAGUCCCGGGUUUCAUCUUUUGCGCACCACACAAACGGUUCCUGAUGCCCACCUCUGAACCAGACGCCCCUUCCCCCUUUUUCCCUUCCCCCGAAGCGUUUGCCGCUUUUACACGAGCUCCGGCCGGACCUUUCUCGCCUUGGGUCUGGGGCACUUGGUGGGAUGCACAGGGUUACGUGGCCCUUGAUGUGACGUGUCGGCGUUUGGAGUAUUUGCGUAAUUCUCGUGCCUGCCCCUUACGCUGAUGCCGGCGAUGCUGCUGAUGCUGCUCCUUACACGCGGCUUGAAACGAGUCAGGACCCC